AUGGUGAAAUAUAUUGUGUUUAUGGAUCCAAUAAGACAGGAGGAAGUAGAAAAUUUCUACAAUGCAUGUCAACUACAUAGAGAAUAUUACAAAGGAUAUCCUAAGCGAUACCAUCCGCUGACGUUCUUCAAGGAACCAGAGUAUAUGUUUCAAUGUCCUCCUGAAAUGUCUCGGGUUUAUUUAAGCUUCCCACCAUUCCAUGUGAGAUACAAGCAACCAGCAGUGUUGCCCUCUUCCACAGAUAGAACAUCAGGUUUUCCACCCUUACCCGAUAGAAGCCUGAAGGCUCGGUUUAAUAAAGGUCCUUGCAAAGCAUUUAUAAGGUAG